AUGCUUUUUCUUUCCUCUCGUAGGUCACCGAUUACUUGUAUCGAAAAUUUACCUAAUGAACUUUUUUAUGAGAUUUUUGAUUAUCUCGAUGGUUAUGAAAUCUAUACUGCUUUUUUGAAUCUUAACGUUCGUUUUCAACAUAUCAUUACUAGUUCAUUACUUCCACUAAAAAUUAAUCUUGAUUCAAAAUCCAAAACACCGAUUAAGAAUCUUUGUAGUAACAUAAUCAUUCCAAAUAACAAUCGUAUCCGUUCUCUUCAUGUACAAAAUAAAAUACUCAGUGAUGAGUUUUUAACAGAAUGUAUAAUUGAUUCAUCAUUUAAUCAUCUUGAAUCAAUUGUUUUAAAUGAAAUUACAAAUGAUAAACUUCAGAUACUUCUUCCGAAUUUAAAAAAUUUACCUCAUCUCUUCUCGCUCACUAUUUAUUUGAAAAUCGAUUAUUCUUAUAAUUUUAAUGAUAUUUAUCAAAUGAUUUAUCGUUUACAUAUUUUGAAAUACAAUAAAUUGUCGUUAUUAGACAAUAAACAAUCAAAUCUUAUCGUAUCAUCGACUGUAAACGUACAAUUCAGCACGAUCGAAUAUUUAGUCAUUGAUCAUAACUGUAGUGUUAAUCAACUUAUGUCUUUACUUAAGUCUACACCUCAACUUCGUCGUUUACAAUGUAAAUGUUUGAUAAAUUUGGAUCGCAUCAUGGAAAACAAAGAUAAAUUAAUAUUAUCUCAUUUGUUAUAUAUCUCUAUUGCACAGUGUUGUUUGAGAUUUGAUAAAUUUGAAACAUUUAUCACGAAAAUUUCUUCUCAAUUGGAAGUCUUGCAUAUUACUACAUACCGAGAUAUAGCUUAUCUUGAUGCUGAUCGAUGGGAACAAUUAAUUGUACAGCACAUAUCGCAUUUGCGUAGAUUGAACUUUAAUCAUUAUCAUCAAGUUCUAUAUAAUAAAUGUAAAUAUGAUGAUUUCAGUGUGUUAACCAAUCGAUUUAAUUCACCAUUUUGGAUCCAACGACAAUGGAUUUUUGAACUUAAAAUGACUCGUACAGGAUUCAUUGGUACAGUUCAUUCACGUAGAACAUGGUCCGAUCUUUCGAAACAUACAGAAGUUACCUUAAAUGAUAACUUCCUACAAACUGUUCAAUAUUCUUCUAAUAUCCAAUUUACUAUUGCAGACUCUUGUUCUGCAACAUGGUAUCAAUCAGUGAUUAAUGAAAUCAAUCCAAUUUUCUUUACUGUUCGAUUUACUCGUUUACAUAUUAAUUGUAAUGAAAUAUAUACUCGUACUUUUGUUAAACUUGUACAAUUAUUACCAAAUCUUGAGUCUUUGAAACUUUCAUCUUUUCCAUUUCUCCAACUAAGUUAUUUAUCUGAUGAAGAUACACAAAAUCUUCGUUCUAUAUCAAUCAAAAACAAAAUUACAAAAGUGAGUUUCAAAGGCAUGAAUGAUUUUGAACAAGUUUAUUUCAUCAUCUUUCUUUGUACUCAUAUGCAAUAUCUCGAGGUGCGAUGUACAAAACAUACAAAUGUUGAUAUACUUUUACGUUUUAUUUUAUUACAAAGUUUCACAGUCACUCCUCAUCUUCGUUCAUUAUACCUUUAUGUUCCUAACGCAAAUGAAGAAUUAAUUUACAAGUUGCAAACACCUAUUUAUCAUGAGAAAUUGCUGAAUAAUUAUACAAUUAAACGUUGUGGUGAUAAUAUUCAUUUACAAUGGAAAUAA